AUGGACCAAAUGCUCUAUCAGGAUGGACAGGUGGAAAUGGAGGCAGGCAGUGGGUUGAGGCUAUAUCAGGACAAUUUCUCAGUGUCGCCCAUGAACUCUACUAGAGGAGUUAGCCAGCCAAUUGACUAUUAUGGAAACCUUGAGAACUUAGUGUGUCCUCAAGAUUCCCAUCAAUUUCAAGGACUUACAGGCCUCAUCCAGCAGCCUCCAAUCAACCCACCGACUAGAGAAUGCAAUAUCAAUUUGCAACACUCAAAUGACUCAAUAUUGAGAUAUUCCAGUGAAUACAGCUACCUGUUUGAUAGUUCACAAAAUGCCUCAUAUGAUGGUCGCUCGGAAUCUUCUUGCCUGCCCUUAACGUAUGAAACAACGAUGGUGUGUGGGACAAAUGGCCCUUACCAGAACACAGACAGAAGGGCCCAGGAAGAAGAGGGAUCCUGCAAACAGCAGAAAAUUAUUAGAAAGCCAAGAGUGCCCACUUGGAAAGAACCUCAGAACACCAUAGAUAUAGUUCCAGAGAGGAAAAAGACAACUCCCAUCAAUCCUGCAUAUGCCAUCCGAAAGUCACGAAUUACCAACAGUAUACACAAAUGGCCAUUCAGAGACAGAAUAAUACAUCUGUUGGCACUGAAGAACUACAGAAAAACUGAUCUGCUCGUUCGACUUCAGAAAGAUGGCGUUCCAGAAGAUGACAAGAACACUCUUGGGAGAAUUCUGCAGGAAGUAGCAAUUCUAAACACUGAUUUUUCAUAUAGCCUAAAGGACUGUGUCUUUAAAGAGAUCAGAAAAGACUGGCCUGGAUACAGUAAUGUAGAAAGGCAGUCACUGGAGUUGAUACUUGCCAACAAAGAAGGGUCAUCCCAGAAAUCAGAGAGCAACACCCAGCCACAAUUUACUAGUACAGAUAGCACCUUAUGUUGUUCCCAGGAUCAGUUAUCCAAUCCAGGUAUUAUUGAUCCUUUAAGGAAAAGGAAAGUCAGAAUAUCUCACCUAGGCACGGCAAGCCGGCCAAUACCAAACAGUCAAAAACCCAAUCUUGUUCGUCCUCCACCAUCUGCAACCACUGUGAGCUCCAUUGCGCCACCAGAGCUCACAUCUACCCUGCCUAUUUCAAAUCCACAGCCUGUAGCUUCCAGCUCUACUUCUAAUGGUACGGCACGAAGACCGAACACUCAACACCGAACCUUUCGUCAAAAGAGUGGUAUCUCUGCGAGUCAUCAAGAAAAACCCACCAAUUUGAAAAUGUCAGCCUCUACUUCAUUUCCCGCAAAAAAUCAUAAAGGUGUGAGAAAUACAUGUUUGAAAUCUAUCAAUAAAUUUAAACGUAUGUUUUUAAAAUACAGAGUCAAGAACCGGAUGUGCAGUACCACAACAAUGAAGACAGAGAAGGUAGAAGCAAAACCCCAGAGGGAAGGCACGGAGUUUAAUCCUGCUGAAGAAGUUAACACAGCUUGCAAUACGUCUGCUACAGCAGCACCUGAAUUUCCAGAUUAUUUGACUAUAUAUGUCACUGUAGAUAGCCCUGAGCAACGUUCGCAUUUUGUGCAGGACUUUUAUGCAGAAUAUGAUGAGUAUCAGACCUUGCAUGCUAAGAUGGUAUAUUUAUCUAGAAUAUUUUUUCAACUAGAUGCAGAAAGAAGCCAGCUUUCUCCAGGCUCAAAGGAGUAUGAGGAUAUCAAUGAAAAAAUAAUACUAGAGUACCAAAAGAUGAUAGAGAUUAACCCCAAUUUUAAGGAGGAAAAACGUAGAUGCUUGUAUCUGUAUGACAAGUUAUCUCACAUUAAAAGAUUAGUAAGUGAUUAUGACCAACAACACCUCAUGGAAACCAGUAGCAGUUCUAGUGGCAGUAGCUCACCAGAGUAA